AUGUCUGAAAACAUUUCAUCAUCUCGAUGUAGUUUGACGGACAUGCACGAACAUUCCGCUUGCGAGGCCGGUGAACCACGACAUGAUACACGGUUUUGGUUCGUCGACGGCAGCGUUAUCCUCAUUGCACAAGGCACAGCCUUCCGCGUACACCAGACUGUGCUCUCCCGGCACUCAGAGAUCUUUCGUGAUUUGUUCAGCGUGCCACAGCCUGCUGAGCAGGAGAGAUUGUCUGGUUGUCCUGUGGUUCAUUUAUCCGACUCUCCCACUGAUCUCCAACAUUUGUUGCAUGUGCUGUAUGAUUGCGGACUAUCAUACUACAAGCUCACACCAGGGCGGUUCAAUUUCGCCGAAGUGGCGGCCGUGGUGCGCAUGGCGCAUAAGUAUAGACUCGAUGAGCUGUUGCAGGAUGGUAUCAGCCUGGUGAAGACGAUUUUCACGAAUAACUUUGAGAAUUGGACAACUCUUCGGUGGAGAGAGGAAUUUCUGAUCCGAUCACCAUCUCUGAGCAUGCAGGUGUCAGAUGCCGUCAUCGCCGUCAAUGUCAUACGUCUCAUCAGUAUCCCUUCGAUGUUACCGACCGCGCUCUACCUAUGCUGCUUUCUCUCACCAACCGAGCUCAUCCGCGGUCGUGCUUGUCCAGAUGGUUCCACUGUUAAACUUUCCUCGGAAGAUCUAGAGAAAUGUUUGACAGCCACCCCAUUCCUUCAUUGCGGAAAUGACAGAAGGCGCCUGAGCCUGAUUUCCAGAGCUGGUCCGCGGUGCUCAAAACUUUCCGAAUGCAUUGCGGGGCUCCCACAAUGGCUCGAAUCUGAAAUUGAAAGUAGCGUAGACCCUUGUCCCGCUGUCCUGGAAAGCUUGGAUCAUGCCAUCGACGUGCUAGCCAUCACUGAUACUAUCUGCGAGGACUGCGUGGAGUUUGCGAAGUCUAGAGAUCUCGAGAGGCGACACGAGUGGUGGAAUCAGCUUCCGUCCCUCCUCGGUCUUGGGACGUGGUCAGACCUAAAUGACUCGAUCGGGGCACCUAACAUAUCUAAAACUGACUGA